CACACCAACAUUAAAGUAAUAAGGUGUGCUAGAGUUAGGUGCUGCGAAACAAUGGAGGAACCAGGUGGAUCGGCAGCGCCGACUGCAAUAGUAGCGGCUCUGGUUUCAGCUAAGCGGUCGUCGGGGAAAACCUUUGGGCAAAUUGCAGCAGAAACGGGUCUGACUAAUGUCUACGUGGCCCAGCUUUUUCGGCGACAAGCUCAGCUCAAGCCGGACACUGUUGCUUCCCUCCGUUCCGCCGUCCCCGCACUCACCGGCGACCUUAUCUCGGAGAUGAUGGCUCCGCCCUUCCGAUCCUACCGCCCCAACAUCAUCCAAGAGCCCGCCAUUUAUAGGCUAAAUGAAGCUAUUAUGCACUUUGGAGAGAGCAUCAAAGAAAUCAUAAAUGAGGAUUUUGGUGAUGGCAUAAUGUCUGCUAUAGAUUUCUACUGCUCUGUUGACAAGGUGAAGGGUGUUGAUGGGAAGGAUCGUGUGGUGAUCACCUUUGAUGGGAAGUAUCUUCCUUACAGCGAGCAGAAAUCUGAACAUAUGGUGUCAAGGAUUGCGCCGCAGUGAUGCAGCAGUAAUAACAUGCAGAAAUUUGAACAUAAGAGAGCUUUGUGUAUUUCCUGCUCCUAUUUCUGUUUUUGGUUUAUGUUGAGAAAUUUUGGGUAGAAAUAUUCAAUU